UGGCCGCCCCAGGCCUCAGCCAGCUCCCCAGAGCCAGAGGGGAAGAAAGAGAUCCCAGGCCCCUCAGCAUGUGCAGAAAUGUUGACAUCAGUUCCACCCAGAAAGACUUGGUGGAAACAGAAGAAGACAGUAAAAGUCACAAGAUCUUAUCCAACCUUCACUUCCCUGAAUGCUUUGGGAGAAAUCAGGGGCCUCUUGCCUGUGAAUGGGGAACCGAAUCCUGGAGUGGGCCUAGGUGUAGAGGAGGGAUUACUCUGCCAGAUGGUUCAUUCUCCAGAAUUCAACCUGUUUCCUCACUCAGUGGUGUUUGAAAGCAACUUUGUCCAGGUCAAAAGGGACAGAAACUGGAAGGAAAUCCACAAAGCCUCCAACACCAUGGCCCUUGGGGUGACCUCUUCUGUGCCUUGUCUGCCCCUUCCCAACCUCCUCCUCAUGGCUAGAGUCAGAUGGCAUCAGGGGCAGAGCCAGACGUGGAACAGACCAUCUAUAUCCCCAGACAUCAUCCUGAAGAGAAUUCUCCCAUUGAAGUUUGUGGAGCUUCAGAUCUGUGACCGCCUUCAACGCAUCCUGCGGUUGAGGACAGUCACUGAGAAGAUCUACUACCUAAAGCUCCACCCAGAGCAUCCUGGGGCUGUCUUCCACUUCUGGAUCCGACUGGUUCAAAUUCUGCAGAAGGGCCUGUCCAUCACCACCAAAGACCCUAGCAUUCUUGUCACUCACUGCCUGGUACCCAAGAACUGCUGCAGCCCAUCUGGAGACUCUAAGACAGUGCAGAAGAAACCCCAAGCCUCCCAUCCCAGCGAGAGCCUCAUGCUGCUGAUGGCCCAGGGAGAGAGUGAGGCCCUGUCUCAGAUCUUUGCCGACUUGCACCAGCAGAACCAGUUCAGUUCCAGGAGCAGCAAAAAUAGGGAGACCAACAAGGCCAGCUCAGAGAAAGCAACUUCCUCUGAAGACAGCAUCCCUUGCACCCGCGACCUCAGCUGGAGGGAUUCAUUCACUUAUGGAGAGUGGGAAAGAGAGAACCCCUCUGGGCCGCAGCCCCUCUCACUCCUCAGCACCCUGGCUGCCUCCACCAGGCCACAGAUGGCCCCACUCAUAGGAAACUCUAUAUGAUCCACUUUUCACACUGGGGAGAGUCUAUGUAGCCUUUGCCAACA